GACGCCUUACACAUUUUAGACUGAAUUUUUCUCCGUGGCGUUGCUGUGAUGUUGAAGCUUUACUUCUUCGCCCAAUUCAAACUCUUUGGUUCUACCCUAUACUCCGUGAUUCUACCAUAGAAAUUGUUAUUAAUUUAUCCUAUAAAUGGCAACGUUAAAUAAAAUCAAUCGUUUCGGUUUUCGGUGAAGUUAGUAAAUAAACUGAUGCAGAGGUUAAAGAUUGUUUUCUUUAAUAUAUAACGCCUGUAUUUAUUAACGUAUCAUGUAUUCUAGACGGCAAAAUAAAGCUGUAAACAGUAAAGCAGCUAUCGAUGCAGGGAAAGAUGUGGAAACUUUGCGAUCUGAGAUAGAAAACGAACAGCGAAUGACUGAAAUGUUGGAUUUGUCAAUUGAAGAGUUGCAGCGAACAGUUGAGGCUUUGGAGCAACAAGUGGACCAUACUGAUAUAGCUGAUGAGGAUGAAUGGAAAGUUAGAUAUUACACACAAGUAGAAGUAAAUGAGCAAUUGGAGAGACAACGUGACUGGUUGAUGGAAAGAGUUGAGGCUGCCAGAAAUCAGAGUCAAGAAGGUGUAUCAGCACUGCUUGCAGAACUUGAUCUUGAUAGUCUAACAGAGAGUCAACUACUACGAUAUUUGAAACAGCUAGAAAAAGACAGAAAUUCUUUGUAUAAUGAAUUACGAGACAAGGAGUGGAAAUUGGAUCAAGAAUCAAAGACAUUUCAUAAAUACAAUGAUACUCGCAAAGCUUACAUGACUGAGAUAACUGAAGCCAUGUUAAAUCUGGAAGCUAUGAAGAGUCGUCUUCGAAUGUUUGAAGGAAGUGAAAAUGGAUCUAUUGCUAAGUGCCCUCGUCAUUUAAAAUAUUUAAAUAUUUUGCCUGACCAGCGAGUGAUUGAUCCAAAGAAAGGGCCAAUUAAAAAGACAGCAGCUGUUAGAAGCCUGCCUAAAUUAAACACAACUGACAAAGAAUUUAAUGAUGAUGAUGAUUUACUUGAUAAGCAAAUAAUUUCGAGAAGUGGAAAGGUACUAGAGAUUUAUUUCUUCGCGGCCGGUGGAACUCUAUAUAAGACUAGAGAGAGCAUCUCCUCUCAAUUGUUAGUCCAGAGCAAAUUCGGGGAAUUAUGAUAUCCGUGAAGGCUUCUCAUUUUAGAUGCGUUUUGCAUUGGUUGUGUUUAAUGUGCUUAGUAGUUUUUAGUGUAACUACUGAUAGUGUUGUAUGAUACUGAGAAGAGCUUUUGUGGAAAGUUCCAAAACUGCAAAGUGUUUCUUUUCAUAAAAAUAAAUUUUAUCAGUCUCUUAUCGGUUCUGUGUGCAUUCAGUCUAUUACGAACUCGUACGCACGCAACAGUUUGUUAUCAGAAGUGGGAUUGAAUGCAGGUCAUAAGACCGAUUGAGUACCAAUUAAGAAGCUGGUGGCAGCCUUUGCUCCAUUCAAAGAAUAGAUGAACCUGGCCAAGGAAAGACUGAAACAAGAGGAAAUUAAAGGAGAAAUUCCUGCAAUAACAGAAAACAAAUUUGAGGCUACGGAACAUAGAAUGGGCACGGUUCAAAAUAGAGUUCCAGAAAUUCAAGAACGAAUAUCUGCUGUCCAACAAUAAAUUGAUGACAGAAUUUCUGCUGGUGGGACCAGGGAAGUGACAAUUUAACGGAAUACAUAAGGACAGCCGGUCACAAACGCCUUUAAAUUCGAACAUAUAUCGUCAACUCUCUCUAAAGCUAUCCACAUAUGAUGGAAAAGACUCUUGGCAACUGUAUAAGACGCAGUUCUCUAUAAUGACAAAUGCAAAUGAAUGGGAUGCCAAACCUAAAGCCUGCCUUUCGCCGUUUCUCUCAGAAGACAACGACAUUUAACCCAUAACUGACUUCUCUUCCUCAAAUCUUGUCGAGCGAGGAUUCAAUGCUGUGACUGAUGUAAUUACAAAUUAACUCCAAAUCAUAGAAAGAGGGGACUUGCGCCUUCAUCUUUCUAAAAUUAUUGAACUAAACGUUCAGCAACUGACUCUGAACCUUCAAGCGCAAUCAUCCCAGUGAUUAUAUUUGAUUGUUUCAUUGAUAUUGCUCUUUUAGUGUAUUUUUCCAGUUCUUUUUUAAUUAAGAAUAAAGA